GCUCUAAUGUCACUCCGCCGAGCAGCUCGUCACUGGUGGUAUACUUCAGCGGAGUGGGCCCGCAGGCAGUGGGGCGACACGUCACGCUCAGCUGCAGUGGUCAGGCUGAGUAUUGGUCCUCGGUGCUCAAGGCGUGGCCGCCGAAGAUCCGUGUGGGGAAGCCUCGUCCAGCUAAUGCAGAGGAAGGAACCGAUAAGGUACUGAGGCGGGAGGAGAUCAG